AUGGAGCAGCUAGUUGCAGCAGUCGUGUCGGCAUAUUUAGAGCUCGAUUCGGUGACAUUAAGCAAGUGUUUACUAACGCUACACUCCGUGAUAGAACAAGCGAUCUUAAACCGAGGCGGAAACGAGUACAAGGUCCCGCAUCUGGGCAAGGACAAGUGGCUGUGCAUAGGUGACUUGCCUCUUUCGCUGCCGUGCUCCAGCGAAAUCGCCAAUGCGGCAUUCGACGAGGUCAUUGUGUAG